AAACUGCGUUACCCACUCCAGCCAGCAGAUGGCGAUGAGCGUCUUUCAGUUGACUCUUCUUUCGUGACGUAUAAUUAACUGGACGGACGCUUCUUCAGGAACAACAACACGGAUACUAUUUCAACCAUGUCGGUAGCUUUCUAGACAAGGUGAAACUGAAAGAUUGACGUUUUAGGCCAUGUUAAUGUACAUUAGCUAAUCGCAGUGUAUAAAACACAUUUGAGUUGACGUUAACUUGAACCUAAUUUGCUUGUUCAAUUUGCAAAUGUGUUAAAGAUUGAUACUGAGCCUAGCACUAGGCUAUUCGCUAAUGCUAACUAGCUAGCUAACAUCCCUGACCAUGAGCUCAUUAAACUACUCAUCCCCUGCUGAAGAAGAGGAUGUCUGCUGUCCGGAGAAAGAAGCUCUGGCGCUGAACAUUGUCGUGAAAGACGAAGAGGAGGAUAUUACAGUGAAAGGAGAGAAAGAUGCUCUGGCUCUGAACAUUGUCGUGAAAGACGAAGAGGAGGAGGAUAUUACAGUGAAAGGAGAGAAAGAACCUUUCAGAAUGAAAAAGGAGGAAGAGGAGGCUGUUAUAGGGGAAGAAGAGAUAGAACCUUUUAGAGAGGAAGAGGAUGCUAUCUCAGUAAAGGUGAAGGAGGAAGACGUUUUGGGAGUGAAAGAGGAGGAGACAGAAUAUCAGAUUAACACCAGAGAGAGACAUGACUAUCGUGGAUCCUCUGGGGAGACUCAACAUCCUGAUGCUGACGAGGCAGAGAAGAGUCUCUCCAUUUCAGAACACCAGAUGGACAACGCUAGCCCUUCCUCUCUCCUGGAGUCCCCGUGUCGUGCCUCUCCCGGUAGCACCUUACUGCUGGGUAUAAAGAGGUUGUCUGUGCUGCUGGUGGGCUGCAGGAAAACAACAGGGCUGAGUGGAACUGUGAGAGGAGGAGAAGAGAAGAAAGGAUCAGAUUUGACUCAUCAAA